AUGAAGUUCUCUACACCGGCCAUUCUUCUUGCUUCCAUUCCAAUUGCCAUCGCUACCCCUGGUAACUAUGGAUAUGGAUAUGCAUGUGAUUGCGAAAAGGUUGCUACAGUGACCGCUACCUCUACAUGCACGGUCACAACGUCGAUUUACGACUCCCCAGCCACCAAGACCGUCAAGGUCACUGUCCCUGUGUACAAAGCACCGGUCACUGAGACACUGAAGGUCACUAUGCCCGUGUACAAGGCUCCAGUGACCGAGACUGUCACCAAGGUCAUUACCUCAGUCGCCGACCCGCCAGCCGCCAAGACCGUUAGGGUCACGGUGCCCGUGUACAAAGCACCGGUCACUAAGACCGUCACGAUCACUGAGCCUGCUUACAGGGACCCGGUCACCAACAUUGUCACCAAAGUCGUCACCACGUACGGCUGGAAACCUACUGUGACCAAGUAUCACAACGAGCCGGCAUACACCAUGUACAAGACCAAGACUGUCACCAAGCCCUGCACCGAUAAUGAAAAGCCUCAGUACAACAUUGGAGUCUAUGACAACUCUGGAAGCGGGGACUACUAUGUUUGA